AUGGCUAUUGUUGGUGGGGGCAUAUAUGAGCUUAAGGAGGACACUGACGUUCAAACCCAAAUAGCUGCAUUGACUAGUAGAUUAGGGCUCAUGGAGAUGGACAAGGUGAAGGCCAUGAAAACAGUAGAGAGAUGCUCUAUAUACGCUGAUUCAAACCACAAGACCCAAGAUUGCCCGAUUAUACCACCUGGCCAGUCUCCACCACCUUCUCAGCAGCCAUUUCAUCAGGCUGCUCCUCAACACCAGUAUCAGCCAUAUCAAAGUUCUCAGAGCUAUCCUUUUAUAGCACCUCCAGGAUUUCAGCCUCAUGUAACUGCACAGAGUUCUCAGCCUCAAUCAUCUGUGAAGAAGUCUCUCGAUAACAGUAUGACACAGAUGGCCAAUACACUUAAGCAAUUCAUGCAGAUUCAGGCCACCACAAACAAUCAAAACACUCAGGCCAUAAAUGAAUUGCGGGGCACCAUCAAUAAAAUAAACACAACAUUGAGCACUCAAGAAAAAAGAAAAUUUCCAGCACAGCCUCAACCUAAUCCUCAAUGGCAACAACAACGGCAAGUGCAUAAUGUCUCAGAUGAGGUUUUUGAGACAUCGAAGGUCGUUCUUACUUUGAGAAAUGGAAAGGAAGUUCCCCAACCAGAGAUGACUAUGGACAGACAAGAAGUUGCUCCUACACCUGAAGAUGCAACCGAGACUGAUGAGGCUGAAAAAGAACCAGAGGUAGUGAGACCAGAACUGAAAAAGUCUGUGAGUGUAGAUGCUGAAACUAGUAGGGGGUACCAACCGGUGGUUCCCUAUCCUCGGAGAUUGGUAGCUGGCCAAAAGAACAAAUACUACACUAAGAUUCAGGAGAUCUUCAAGCAAGUAAAGAUUAAUAUUCCACUCUUGGAUGCCAUACAACAAGUGCCUUCGUAUACAAAAUUUUUGAAGGACUUGUGCACAGUGAAGAUGAAGCUAAAUGUAAAGAAUAAAGCUUUCCUAAUGGAGCAAGUCAGUGCAUUGAUAUUGAGCGAGACUCCUAAGAAGUUUGGAGAUCCCGGCUCUCCCAACAUUUCCAUUAUGAUUUUUUCAGUGUAUGAGCAGUUGGGAUUAUGUGAACUAAAAAACACAUCCAUCAAGGUACAGUUAUCUGACAGAUCAGUCAAGGCACCGAGGGGUAUUGUUGAGAAUGUGCUGGUCCAGCCAGCCACUGCUAUUUACCAGGCCUCUAUCAUCCUUGGAUGCCAAUUCCUUGCUACCUCCAAUACACUGAUAAAUUGUCGAAGUGGAGUACUGAAACUCACAUUCGGGAAUAUGACAUUAGAAAUGAAUGUUUUCAAUACUUGCAAGAUACUUGGUGAUUGCAACGAGUCAGAGGUGCAUGUUGUUGAAGUGAUUUCAGAGUUUGAAGAAAUAAAGAGAGAGGCCUACGAUAAUUCCCACUUGGCGAAGGAGCGAAUGAAAGCUUUGCAUGACAAGAAGAUCCAUGACAAACAUCUUGUCCUUGAUCCGAAAGUUCUCCUCUACAAUUCAAGACUACAUCUCUUUCCCAGAAAGCCAGAAUCUCGAUGGAAGGGGCCGUACAUUGUAAAGAAGGUUCAUCCUCACGGGGCGGUAGACAUUGUCAAUCCGAAAAAUGAAAAUAGCUUCACUGUCAAUGGACAACGUCUAAAGACAUUUUUGAAGAUCUUUGAUCCACACGAAAAGAUCUUGCUUGUGCAAGAUUCCAGUGAAGUGUUUUGA